AUGAGUUUUGAUUUUCCACAAAAUUUGCAAAAAGUCUUUUUCUCUCAAUUUGAUCAGAAUGAAUUACAAGAGCAUUUAGAAGAUAUUCAGACCCUAGUUUUAUCUGAUAAUAAAAAUGAGUAUGAUUAUGAGCCAAAAGAGCUUGAUACAGAGGAUAUAAUAAUUUUGGAGGAGACAACUUAUGAAAAAACUUGCAGUAGAUAUACUAAAGAGAUUUCUAAGGUUAAAGCAAAGCCAAUUAUAUCUUGA